GCUGGAGCAAUGCAUGUUGGGCAAUGUGGCAUGUGUGUGUCUCUCUGAGCCGGCUGACGCUGGGUGCAUGAUGGGCAGAGCUGCAGGUCAUAUGAAAUAAAAAUACAUUGAUUGCCAGCUUGGAGCCAUCAUGGGUGUCUUGCAGAUUCUCACUCACUUGUCAUCACGCUCCCUGAUUUCAGGAUGUCUCUUACAAGCACAGCCUGUGUGCAGACAGGUUUGUUUAGCUUCUAUUCGCACUCCGUCAAAGCUAUCAUGCCAGUGGGUGACACAAGUCAGGACCCAGAAUUAUUCUGACCACAGAAAAGCUGCUGGUGAUUUGCAGCCUCCAUUAGAGGAAAACUUUGGGACGUUGUCUGAAGUGUAUUCUUCAAGAAAAGUGUUCAGGAAAUCUUCCCCAGAGCUCCAGAACAUGCAAUACACGGAGGAUGACGGGGGAGAGGAGACACUGCAGAUAACCAAAAGAUUCAAAGGCAGAAGAAACACUCCGUAUUGGUACUUUCUACAGUGUAAGGCCAAAAUAAAAGAAGGCAAGCUAGCAGAGGCCUUGGAGCUGUUUGAAGUUAAGAUGCUGAAAGAGGAGCGACUGCAGCCUGAAGAAAGUAACUACACUAUCCUUAUAGGUGGAUGUGGGAGAGCUGGAUAUGUUAAGAAGGCUUUUCAGUUGUAUUCCGAUAUGAAAAAAAGAGGUCUAGAACCCACAGAUGCCACGUUUACUGCUCUAUUUAAUGCCUGUGCUGAGUCACCAUGGAAAGACUCUGGCUUACAGCAAGCAUUGAAACUGCGAAAGGAAUUGAUGGAUAAGAACAUUAAACUUAACCUCAUCACAUAUAACUGUUUCCUAAAAGUCUGCACAUUGAGCCAAGGACUGCAAGGUAGCUUGGAGAUAUUCAAGGAAAUUGUGCAGAAUUUUCGUAUUACCAAUCCUGACACCUUCAACAUCCUUUUUAUGAGUUGUAUAAAGGACAAAGAUUUGGGCUUUCGCUAUGCUCUACAGGUUUGGAGGCAGAUGUUGUAUAUGGGUAUAAAACCAGAUAUUAACACCUAUAACCUGCUCAUUCGUGCCACCAGAGACUGUGGCAUUGGAGAUCCUAAUGAGGCUUUUCAUUUACUUCUGCGCUCCAAGGAUCUGACACCCUUGAAGUUAAGUGCAGGCAAAGAAGAACAAGGUAAAAAAGGCAAAAGGGUCAGAGCAACAAAGGAACAGGGUGAGGAGACAAGAACACAGCAGCUGCUUCUGGACAAUUCUGUAACUAUCAAGGACCAUAAGACCGUUAUGGACCAACCAUCUGAACAUGAACUUGCGGAGAUGAAUAGAAUAUCUCCGUCUCCUGACAUGCUAUCACUUGAUGUCUGUAAGGUCCCAAACUUGCUGGAUCUGGCCCUAAAUACGGAUGAUGUAAUAACACUUGUGGAUGUCAACACCCCAUCUGCUAGAUUUGCUCUGAUUGGUGACUUGGACGGGAUCCUUCAGAAAAUGAAGGAAGACAAAGUAUGCCCUACAAUAAAAACCUUCACCCUCUUGGCUGAAGUAAUGAAGCCUGAUGCCCAGUCAGAGGCCACACUGCUUGGCAUUAUGGAGAGUUUCCAAAUACAACCAGAUCUGACUUUUUUUAAUACUUUUGUGUUGAAGAGGACUAAAACGAUGAACCUACAGUUUGCUAAGGAGCUGUUGCCCAUUAUGGCCCAGAGAGGAAUUGCACCAGACCUCUACACAUUCUGCAAUCUGGCUAGGGCAUGUCACAAAAAAGAAGACGGCUUACAGUUGCUGCAAGACAUGACGAUCGCUGGUUUCCGCCCCAAUAAUAAUAUAUACAGCACUUUGAUUAAUGUGGCCAUUAAACAAUUAGAUUAUAGAUAUUUGAUUGAGAUUCUACGAGACAUGAGGAACAGGAAAGUGGCCCCUAAUGAAGUGGUGAUCCGUCAGCUGGAAUUUGCUGCACAAUACCCUCCAAACUUCGAUAGAUACAAAAGAAAGAAUGUAUUCUUGGAGCAGAUUGAUGGCUUUCGUGGUUAUUACUCCCGCUGGCUAGAAUGGAUGGAUGCAGAGGAACCUGAGCACCCAUGGAAGAAGUUCCGGACUAAGCAAGAAAUUAAAUCUGAAGCUAGUACAGAACUAUGAAGAUAUUGUUGUUUUUUUUUGUAUAUGUGAAUUUAUACGUGUGUGUAUAUAUAUAAGUGUGGGGGAAGGCUGUUCCAACUGGUUAAUAUGUCAUUCCUGUAAGUGCUUCAUGAUUUAUUAUAAAGUAGUGGUUUUAUUUAUGUGGAAAUAUCCA